CUUUGGAUCAUAUUAUACAAUUAUACAUGAUCUAAAACUAAAAUGCUCACUGUCGAGUGCCGAUGCCUCAUUCACUCAAAUUAUCUCACUUGAGUUACUUCUAAGUUCUAACUGUGGAAGUUCUUGAAGCCAAAUUAUCGGCCAAAAAAAUUAUUGACAAUAAUUAAUAAUUUACAGUGCUUGUAUGUUGAUCUUUUUGAUAGAAAGUAUUUUUUUUAAUAAAUAAUGGCUUUGCGAUUCUUAAAACGUACUUACAAUCGAAUGUUUCUUGCAAAAGACCCGAAGCCACCAUACACAAGUCAUGUAGUACAAAUCGGUGAUCCAGUAUUGCGGUGUAAAGCACUCUCGGUCCCUUCAGAGAAGAUUGGGACUGAAGAAGUACAUAAUCUCAUUUAUAUUUUGAAAUCACUUAUGAAAAAAUCAAACCUAAUUGGUUUGGCUGCACCUCAAGUUGGUAUACCGUUACAAAUAUUUGUUAUUCAUUUCCCGCAUCCAUCCCAUUAUUUCAGUAAAGAAGAGAUAAAAUUUAAAGGAAUGGAACAUGUUGAAAAUCAGGUUUGGAUAAAUCCGGAACUUAAGGUUUUGGAUCAUGAAAAAAUUACGUUUAAUGAAUCCUGUGCUAGCUUUAAGGGUUAUUCAGCUGAUGUACCCAGAUACAAGCGUGUGCUUUUAACAGGGAUUGAUGAAAAUGGAGAGAAAAAAACUUUAGAUGCAAAAGAAUGGACUGCUCGAAUAGUUCAGCACGAAAUGGAUCAUUUAAAAGGAGUGAUGUACAGUGAUCGCAUGGUACUAGAUAGUCUUUGUUGUACAGGAUGGCAAACUAUUAAUCAAUAUCAAGGAUUUGUAGAACUUAGGUAUGAAAAUUAGGAAAUUGCUGAAUUGUCAAACAUUUAAGAAUCCAUUGUCCUUUAUUUUAUGGGAAUGAACUAAAAUUGUUGAUUAUCUAGUUAAUAUUUUUGUAUAAUAUAACUUGUCAGUAAUUAAUUAUUAA